AUGAAGGCUAAGGUCCCUAGAAACUUCAAGUCACCAGACAUGGACCUUUACGACGAGACGUCCGACCCGAUCCACCACCUUAGUAACUUCAAAAGCAGAAUGUAUCUGGCCGACGCUUAUGAUGUGACUUGUUGCAAAGCCUUCUCGACUACUUUAACAAAGGCUGUGAUGAAGUGGUUCGAUGGCCUGCCCCCCAGGUCGGUCACCAGUUUCGACGACCUUGCCAGGAAAUUCCUGACUAGAUUCUCCAUUCAAAAGGAUAAAACAAAGCACACCCCAAGCUCUCUAAGAGUAAAACAAGUAGACGGGAAAAGUCUCCAGGACUACAUGGAAAUAUUCAACAAAGCUUGCCUGGAAAUUCAGAACCUACCAAUUGAAGCGGUGAUCAUGGGUUUGGCCAAUGGGCUGAAAGAAGGGCCAUUCGGCCAUUCCAUAUCUAAACGACACCCAUCUUCUUUAAAUGAGGCAUAG